CUAAGCAAAGACGCCAUCACCAAUAUUGCCCAAGGUGCUAGUGCGGAGAACGAAGAAGACCAUGCUAUCAUGCUCCUGUGCUGCGACAAGAAGCCGCCUCCUGUAUGCUGUAAAGAUAAGCUGAAGACAUUGGAUUUUAUCAAGACUGGAGUCAACUACACAGACCAACAAAAGCAAGAUGUGUGCUUUCAGGCAAGUCGUCGCUGGUGUAAUUUUGACACCUUUUUUGUCAAUCAUACUUUUGUGUUUGCAUUGGAGCUCACAGACUUGCAUUGUUAUUUUGGUUUUCUAAAUCUGUCUUCUACAGCCGCAUUCCCAAUGAUAAAAGACCACGCGUUGGUCUGUCAGAACGUCAGCAGCUGUUUCACAUCACAGAGUCACUCCUACAAUCCCACAGCCUGUGCUGGCGCUUGGAUCAACGAAACUCGGCGGAACACAACAUGGGCAGAGUCUUUCUCUUGCACAAAGUGGGCCAGUGAUGUUGUGGGACAAACAUGCUCUGACGAAUGUGACUAUUUAUUCAGGGGACUUUAUCCAACACUAAGCGACAAAGCUAUCGGUGGAAUUCUUUUGGUUAUCUCGCUUGCAAUACUGUGUUUAUGUCUAGUGUGCAUUGUGAAACUACUGCAUUCAUUGCUACAGGGCCCAAUGGCGAUGAUCAUUAAAAAAUUCAUUAAUGCUGAUUUUCCAGGAUGUUUUGGAUACUUCACAGGAUACCUGGCUAUUUUAAUUGGCGCGGGUUUAACCAUUGUUGUUCAAAGCUCAUCCAUCUUUACGUCCACACUGACUCCACUUGUGGGCAUUGGAGUUAUUGAACUGGAAAGGAUGUACCCGUUGACUCUGGGAUCUAACAUUGGGACCACAACUACUGCCAUCUUAUCAGCCCUGGCAUCGCCUUCGGACAAAAUGAAGAACGCAUUGCAAGUGUCCUUUUGCCAUCUCUUUUUCAAUAUCACAGGAAUCGUCAUAUUCUAUCCAAUACCCGCUUUAAGGUUCCCGUUGCCUUUAGCCCGAUUCUUGGGCAAUAGAACUGCUAAGUACAGAUGGUUCGCUAUUGUUUAUAUUCUAGUUGUAUUCUUCCUUAUGCCUGGGUUAGUGUUCGCUCUUUCAGUUCCGGGGUGGUAUGUUCUCCUGGCUGUUCUGGGACCAGUUGUGGUCCUCGCCAUCAUCGUUUGCGUCAUCAAGUGUCUACAAGAAAAGCGACCUGAAGCACUACCAGCGAAACUGCAGAACUGGAAGUUUCUGCCACUUGGUUUGAGAUCGCUAGAACCUUAUGACAGAGUCAUGCAGAAAGUGUUCUUUUGUAAGAGAUUCAAAGACCAAGAUUCAAAGGCGGAAACCAAUUGUAAGGGUACACAGCAACACACACAUGAUGUUCAAGAAAAUGUCACUGACAAUACAAGAUUGUAA